AUGGACCAGGUAAUUUCCAACAUUAUGGAGGAGUUUGCCCAACUCUACGGCAUGCAUCCAGAUGCUAUUCUAAGGGCUCAGCGCGCGCAUGCAAUUGACCCAGAGGUCCACAUGGCACAGAACUGGGCGUUUGCUGGAGUGUCAGCCAUUCACGCACUCGGUGAGCCAGAGAUAGUUGAGGCGAUCCAGAGACUUCAUACACGUGUCUUCCUCCGAGUGAAAUCCGGCGCAAUAAUCUCGAGCCAGAUCUCCACCUCCGCAAACCCCGAGCAGGCGGACGUCCAAUCCGAACGGACCAGUCAAAUCCUUGCGAAUAGGAAGCUGCAUGAAAUUUCCGAUUGGGCAGGUGUCAUCGCCGGUUCCGGCGCGUUUGAUUCUCAGGACGAAAUUCGGAACGUCUCCAAAUAA